CAUUACCGCCUAUCUGCCGCGUUGCUGGCGUCUAUCAUUGUCUCUCUUUGUGGCGGCUGCUGCUACGACUUUUAUUGUUUUAAAUUGAUUUAAUUGUAUUUACGCUGUGCGACGGGGAGGAAGCGACUACAGUGACAAAAGCGACUUCCUAUUUAGCAGAAGACUCUAAGUUGGAAGCCCCGUUAAACUCGACAUAGACCACAUCCCCAUCAGUUUUAUUCGGGCCUCUGGAGGCCUCUGUGUGUGUGAUAAGAAUCGCUGAUCGGUGGAGGCAGUGCGAUCGUAAAGGUGUAGCAACCGCGUGACAAAACCGCUGGGAGGUGCUCCAAGUCCAACGCCCCCUCAAGGGCAAAUCGGUGAUCAACGACCCUGACAACGAUCAGUGAUCAUGCCCGACCAGUGUGCCGCCUUCGUGGACGGAGCCUCGAUCUCCUAUGGAACCGGAAACGAGCUGGAUUCGGGAUCCCGAUCCUCAGCCGCCUGUAAGCCCACUCUGCGGGAGUUCAAUGUGCGUCUGGAGGCUCCUCUGGCCGCCGAGGAGCGCCUGGGCCUCACCGGCGAUGUGAAGGCCCUCGGCGAGUGGCAGCUGUCCAGGAGUGUAGCUCUGGAAUCCCUCGACGACCUCAACUGGCAGGCCACGGUGCCUCUUCAGUCCUGCCGCCAGCUGGAGUAUCGCUACUUCGUCUACGUGGAGGAUCUAUCUGGCUACAAGCAGAUCCGUCGUUGGGAGACCCACUUCAAGCCGAGGUCCCUGGGACCCUGCUCGGAGCUCCAGUGCAGCCAGUUGGACGUUUUCGGCAUCACCUCGGACAACUCCGAUCUGAAACCGCAGGUGCAUCGCGGCUGGCUGAACCACGAGGCGAUCCUGCAGCUCAAGUUCAACGGGGAGAAGAUGUUCCAGGUGCACGACAUCGAGACCUUUGACCCCCAGCACGUGCAGCUGAAGAUUGUGCCCGUGGAGCAGACCGCUGGCCUCCAUGUGGAGUACUCCAAACAGGAGUACGGCAGGAGCCAGCUGGAACAGCAGCCAACCUUCGGGGUGCCCUACACCAAGGGGGACAUUGUCAUCUUCCACAUCACGAUGCCGUUGGAGAGGAUGAUGGAGCAGCACUUCCGUCUGGAGUGCUACAGCAUGGCCAACGAACUCCUCGGUAGCGCCGGUCUGGGCACUGCCGAGUUGACUGGCAGCGAGGGACUGCUGCACUUGCCGAUCAAAUCGGCCAAGGAUGCGGAUGAUACCCUGGCCAGGCUGAGGCUGCCCUAUGUGGCGGUGCAUCCUUACCGCUACUCGCCGCUGGACUUCAAGAACACCUAUGCUCACUACUGGCCCAAGAGCUGGCCCAAUUUGGAUGUGGGUCAUCGCGGAAACGGCAAGAGUUACAUUGCAAAUGCUCCUGCUGAGAGGGAGAACACCAUCGCCUCAUUCCUGAGUGCCCACGAACACCACGCAGACAUGAUCGAGUUGGAUGUCCACUUGACUGCUGACGGAGUGCCUGUUAUAUACCACGAUUUCGGACUCCGAACUGCUCCGCCCGGCAAGCAGAUCAGCCGACCAGAUCAAUUGGAGUACGUGCUCAUCAAGGACAUCAACUACGAGCUGCUGAAGAGGCUGCGCAUCUUCUCUGUGAUCGCCGGCCAGGUGAGGGAGUAUCCCUCGCACAAUGCCGAACCCAGGAGCGAACACCGCAUCUUCCCAACGCUGGUGGAGGUGCUGGAGCAGCUGCCCAAGUCCCUGGGCAUCGAUGUGGAGAUCAAGUGGCCACAGCGUCGCCAAGGCGGCGGUUCGGAGGCUGAGCAAACCAUCGACAAGAACUUCUUUGCCGACAAGGUACUCCACCAGGUCAUCCAAAAGGGCUGCGGCAGACCCAUAAUCUUCUCCAGCUUCGAUGCCGACAUGUGCACGAUGCUGAGGUUCAAGCAGAACAUCUUCCCCGUGAUGUUCCUCACGCAGGGAGAGACCAAGAAGUGGCAGCCGUUCCAGGAUCUGCGCACACGUAACUUCAUGGCGGCAGUAAACAAUGCUCAGGCCUUCGAGCUGGCUGGCACAGCUCCGCACGCCGAGGACUUCCUGGGCGAAAACGCUCCGGAUAUGCUUCAAAAGGCCAAGGACCUGGGCCAAAUUGCCGUGAUCUGGGGCGACGAUUGCAACUCCAAGGAGCGCGUGCAGUAUUUCACCCGGAUCGGGGCCACCGCCACGUGCUACGAUCGCAGUGAUCUCUUCAUGCCGGAGGGCAAGCAGGAAGCCUUCUUCAAGUCGCCAUCACUGAUGGCCGAGUUCGCAGCCCAGUGCCGGAACUAAAGAAAUAGGGUACUAAAGUGAAACGGGAGGGUAUAUCUAAGCAGUGGUUAAUCAUUAGGCUUUUUAGUUAGCUUGUAUAUUUAUUUAAACACUAACUGGGAAAGAGAAAUGUGAGAAGCUUUAAAGUGGUUGGGUAAUUUGCAGUUUCUCGUUGCCCAACGGACACAACGAAACGGAGACCCAUAAAUAAAUCUUCUCUACACACGUUAAGCCAUCAUUUGGCAUAAUUACACAUGCAAAAUAGGAAUUCCCCAAAAUUAAGUAGCACCGCAAAAGACAAUGGGAAGAAAGCGAAGCAGAGUUGAGAAUUAUAAAAAUACAUACACCUACAUUACCUGCUAAA